AUUACAUUUUGCUUAUGUGGUUUGUACAGUAUCAGCUGCUUCUGACAUGAACUGGUGACAACACAAACAUCUGAAUAACGAUAUCUAACUGUUCGUUAACGUGUUGUCGAUAUGCUUUGCUUUAGAAUGGCCUCAAUCACUUAAAAUCACUUCCCGCAUAUAGUUUCUGAGAUUAUCUCUUGUUUACUCAACAAUAAGACACUCUCCAGCACAGGUAAGCUAGUUAGCUAGCUAAAGUCGGCAGAACUUAUGUCACUAGGAGAGUGCCUUUGGGCUUCAAUGAAAACUGAAGAUCCAGGAGAAAAGUUGUGAGAAGACAUCAACAGGCUGUGGGAGAAUGGACUUUGUCAAAACGGUCCUGGUGACUGGAGGGGCAGGUUUCAUGUAAGUAACAGUUAGCAAAUCAUCAUCAUCAUCAUAAUGACAAUCAGUAGUGUUCUGACAAAGACUUAAACUACAGAAAAAAAGCCAGUUGAAUCUACAAUGUAUGUAAAAUAUGGGAUUUUAUUGCAUACUAUACAUGUUUCAUCUGUAGCUCUUUCCCCAUACAGUGGGUCCCAUUUUGCCUGCUCCCUAGUCAACAGGCAUCCAGAUUGGCGCAUCAUCAACUUUGACAAUGUGAGUAGUAGCUAAAUGUGCUUUCCUGUAACUACAGAUUCAAGCCCUGUUCAAGCUGGGCCCUCUCCUUCCCUUUGCAGCCAAGGUACAACAUAGACAUGGAACACUGGUCACUUGAAUGUUUACAUACUGUUUUACCCACUUCAUAUGUAUAUACUGUAUUCUAGUCAAGGCCAUCCUAUUCAACUAUUGCUGUACAUAUACUAUUCUAUCCUACGUAUUCUUCAGAUAUACUACAUAUUCUAUCCAUAUACUGUCCAUAAUGACAGUAGUCCAGCUGUCCAUAUAUAUUUAUACUUGGACUCCGACAUUGCUCGUCCUAAUAUUUAUAUAUUUCUUAAUUCCAUUCUUUUACUUUUUUAGAUUUGUGUGUAUUGUUAGAUAUUACUGCACUGUUGGAGCUAGGAACACAAACAUUUCACUACACCGUCAAUAACAUCUGCUAAAUAUGUGUAUGCGACCAAUAAAAUGUGAUUUGAUUUGACAACACAUUUCACUGCACCAAUCCGGUGUAUGUGGCAAUAAAACAACUAAAAAACACGCUAAAAAACAACAAAGUGAAGCUUAUUUCCUGCACACCCUGACUACUACACUAUGUAACUGCAGAAUUCCAAAUUGUCAUCAUUUCCUGGUCGUGAUUCUGUAACUUUUCCUGGUCCCAUACAGCUGGACUACUGUUCCAAUCUCAGGAACCUGGAGUCUGUCGAGGAGAAAGAGAACUACACCUUUAUCAGGGUGAGAGAACUGCCAAGUCAUACUGUUAUGCAACGAUACUGUAUAUGAAGUGCCAGUGUUACGAGACAGGGAUGUCCUCUCUCCCCUCCUGUUUGCACUGGCAAUUGAACCGCUUGCAGAAAUAAUUAGACAGGACCCAAACGUAACAGGUAUCCGUAUUGAUAAACAUGAAUAUAAACUUCUUUACAGACGAUCUUCGGCUAUACCUGACUAUUAUUGAAACUCAAUGUCCCCCUUGUUUUCGGAAUACUCUAAAAUCUCAGGAUAUGAAAUUAACAUGGAAAGAAACCUGAAAUAAUGGCAAUAGCAAAAACUUCUGAGCUACAGUAAUCCUUUAAGUGGACCACAAAAAAUAUAAAAUACUUAGGAUGCUUAAUAAGUGACAACAAACAACACAUAUAUAAAGAUAACUUUAUCCCAUUACUCAACAACAGGAAAGCAGAUCUAAUUAAAUGGAACAAUCUCCCCAUAAAUCUUACAGGUAGAAAAACCUCUUUAGAAUGGCUUCCAAAGUUUUUAUAUUUAUACUGAACACAAAUAUAAACGCAACAUGCAACAAUUUCAAAGAUUUGAGUUACAGUUCAUAUAAGGAAAUCAGUUAAUUGAAAUAAAUUCAUUAGGCCCUAAUCUAUGGAUUUCACAUGACUGGGAAUACAGACAUGCAUCUGUUGGUCACAGACACCUUUAAAAAAAGGUAGGGGCGUGGAAAAGAAAACCAGUCCGUAUCUGGUGUGACCACCAUUUGCCUCAUUCAGCAUGACACAUCUCCUUCGCAUAGAGUUUAUCAGGCUGUUGAUUGUGGCCUGUGGAAUGGUGUCCCACUACUCUUCAAUGGCUGUGCGAAGUUGCUGGAUAUUGGCGGGAAUUGGAACACGCUGUUGUACACGUCGAUCCAGAGUGUCCCAAACAUGCUCGAUGGGUGACAUGUCUGGUGAGUAUGCAGGCCAUGGAAGAACUGGGACAGUUUUAGCUUCCAGGAAUUGUGUACAGAUCCUUGCAACAUGGGGCCAUGCAUUAUCAUACUGAAACAUGAGGUGAUGGCGGCGGAUGAAUGGCACGACAAUGGGCCUCAGGAUCUCGUCACGGUAUCUCUGUGCAUUCAAAUUGCCAUUAAUAAAAUGCAAUUGAGCAUGUUUGGGAUGCUCUGGAUAAACGUGGACAAUUGUGUUGUUGUCCGUAGCUUAUGCCUGCCAAUGCCAUAACCCCACCACCACCAUGGGGCACUCUGUUCACAACGUUAACAUCAGCAAACCGCUCACCCACAUGACACCAUACACGUGGUCUGCGGUUGUGAGGCCGGUUGGACAUACUGACAAAUUCUCUAAAACAACGUUGGAGGCGGCUUAUGGUAGAGAAAUUAACAUUACAUUCUCUGGCGAUCAGCUCUGGUGGACAUUCCUGCAGUCAGCAUGCCAAUUGUACGCUCCCUCAAAACUUGAGACAUCUGUGGCAUUUAGUUGUGUGACUAAACUGCACAUUUUAGAGUGGCCUUUUAUUGUCCCCAGCACAAGGUGCACCUGUGUAAUGAUCAUGCUGUUUAAUCAGCUUCUUGAUAUGUCACACCUGUCACGUGAUGGAUUAUCUUGGCAAAUGAGAAAUGCUCACUAACAGGGAUGUAAACACAUUUGUCCACAAAAUUUGAGAGAAAUAAGCUUUUUGUACGUAUGGAACAUUUCUGGGAUCUUUUAUUUCAGCUCAUGAAACAUGGGACCAACACUUUACAUGUUGCAUUUAUAUUUUUGUUCAGUGUAUUUUCGGUUAUACCAAUUACCCCACCUAAGACGUUCUUUACAAAUGUAUACUCGGCCAUAACAGACAUUUAACAUCUUCCUAAGUCAGAGGGUGGUUUUAACCUUGCAGAUUUGGAAUUGUAUCAACUCGCCACCCAAGGCUUUUACUUGCGACUUGUUGUUAAAUGCAUUAAAGAGGAACAAUGGGUACAUAUUGAAAAUGUGCACGCUCAUCCCCAGAAUCUUUCCACGUGUCUGUUUUCAAAGGAUGGAGCUAAGAACAUGAUCAACUGCAUAGUUAAGAACACUGUAACAACAUGGAAGAACAUUUAACGGAUUCUACAAGAACCAAUAUCACUCCCUAUGGAACAAUCCUUGGAUAGCUUUUCAGAAUUCACGGAUAAAUUGGCCCGCAUGGAAAACUAAAGGCAGAGAAACCAUAAAUUACGUGGUUAUAGGAAAUACAAUUAUUUACAUGAAAUAAUUAAAAAGCAAUUUUGGACUGACCAAUGUAGACAUUUUCAAAUAAAUGCAACUUAAACGUUUUAUAUCACAAAAUUUUGACCUGAAAGCUGUGUGUGUCAGAAAAAGAUACUCAUAUGAAAGAUAAUAAAUACAAAACCUUGCAGAAAGCCUAUCCAACUGACAAUCUCUUAGAAAAAAAUAAAAUAACUAUUGGAACCAAGACUUAAAAUGAACUGAUAUUGGCACAAGAUGGAGGGAGUGUUGGAACAUAACGAACAAAAUUAUAGUUAAUGACAAUGUACGCUUAAUCCAGUAUAAACUCAUGUAUAGAAUGUAUUAUACAAGAGACACCAUUCACAAAUUCUACAGCACAACGGCAGAGUCAAGUCUUAAGUGUAAAACUAACAAUGACUCAAUAAUUAAUGCCUUCUGGGAGUGCUAUAAAGUCCAAAAGUUAUGGGCGGAGUUAGAAAGCUGGCUGUCAGAAGUUGUACAAUGUAAAACAUGGCAAAUGGGGGUGCGGUGAGAUACCCAAUGGGUUGGACAAUUAUAUUGAAGAACCGAUUACUUAAAUACUGGAAGUCAAAUGAUACUCCAACUUUAAGAGAAUGGAAGAAUCAAAUGCUUUAUUAUUUAAAUAUUGAACAAAACCUGGCUACAGACAGAAACAACAUAACACAAUUUGAAAUUAUAUGGGGCAGAGUCUUAGAAGCAUUAGAAAGAACAUUGGGUGUGGUUACAGUGGGAACAUUUGGGUCUGAGCAAGUGUGAUGUCAUUAAUGUUUGUGGAAAUGAUUGUAUGUUAAGCUGUUUAUUGUUUUUGUCUAUGUAUGUUUUUGUUUGUUGUAAAAAAGUGUGUGUUACACAGUGUUACUAAUCAUUAAUCAUAAAGACUUUUAGCUUGUAGAUGUGUCAUGGUUUGUCCCUUUUUAACAGGGGGAUAUAUGCAAUCCACACUUGGUAAACCACAUCUUUGCCACAGAAAACAUUGACAUCGUCUUUCACUUUGCGGCUCAAACACAUGUUGGUAAGAAAUUAAGUUGUUCUGUUUAAAUUGUGUUACCAUGCCAAAACAACCAUAGACAUUGUUGACAACACUCAGUGACUCAUAGAGCAAGACAUUCAUCCAUAUCUUUCUGUGCCCCCUUUUUCAGAGACGUCCUUCGUAUGGCCGUCCAGAUACCACAUGGUGAACGUGGAGGGGACACGGGUGCUACUGAAAGCAGCUUUUGAGGCCAAGGUGGAGAAGUUUAUUUACAUUAGCACAGAUGAGGUGUAUGGAGAGAGCCUGUAUAAGGUCAGUCCACUCAUAUCAUUUUCACUGAUAUCCUGACAUAAUUAUUGUAACUUAUAAGGUGUAACGCCACAUUUACAUUUGACGUUUUUGAGAGCCACUUCUCAACUUCUUUUGCGACUUUUCAAGGUUCUCUGUCUGCAGUACUGUCAGUCCCCGGUGUUAAAAGCAGUCUCUUUUACCCCCAUGCAGGAAUUAGAUGAAAGCAGCCCAAGAAGACCCAACAAUCCAUACUCUGUGUCUAAAGCAGCUGCUGAGUGUCUUGUAUUGUCCUACAGGGAGAGACACAAGGUAGUAAAUACUGUCAACAGACGUAGCACAAUUAUAACCACGUUUUUCUGAGGCAUGUACACAUUUUUUGAUUAUUUGUAUUAAUAUUUGCCUUUUUUCUUUCAGUUUCCUGUUAUAAUAACAAGGAGCAAUAAUAUAUAUGGACCCAGACAGUACUUGGAGAAGGUCAUCUAUAGUAUCCAUAUUCUAUAUCAGUGGUUCCCAACCUUUUUCGGUUACUAUACCACCAACUGAAUUUUGCUCUGCCCAGAGUACCCCUGAAGUACCCCCUCAUUUGCAUUUUACCAGUAGGCCUAUGGUCUCAUGAGUCUUCUCAAGUACCCCUGGUUGGGAACCACUGUUCUAUAUAUUUAUGUUGUGUGUCUGGUCUUUUAAGAUGUCUCAACAAAUGUUUGUUUUUUCCCCCUAGGUCAUUCCAAAAUUUGUAUCCUUCCUUCAACUGAACAAAAAAUGGUAAAGACUUCAACUUGACUGACAUCAUCCCAGACUAUGUGGACAUGUUUUACUUCAUAUGUUAUCGUUUCGAAUAAAGACUACAUAUCCCAUGCUCCUCUCUGCCACAGUACCAUCCAAGGGACCAGCCCCCAAUCUCGCCACUUCCUGUAUGUGGAUGAUGCCAUUGAAGCAUUCAACACCAUCCUGGAGAGGGGGAUGGUGGGAGAAAUCUACAACAUCGGGAGCGACUUCGAGAUAUCCAUCAUUCAACUAGCCAGAGAACUUAUCAAGAUGGUAGGAUAUCCAUCAUUCAACUAGCCAGAUAACUUAUCAAGAUGGUAGGCUAUACAGUGCAUUCGGAAAGUAUUCAGACCCCUUGACUUUUUCCACAUUGUUACGUUACAGCCUUAUUCUAAAAUUGAUUAAAUUGUUUUUUUCCCUCAUCAAUCUACAUACAAUACCCCAUAAUGACAAAGCAAAAACAGGUUUUUAGACAUUUUUGCAAAUUUGUUACAAUAUCACAUUUACAUAAGUAUUCAGACACUUUACUCAGUACUUUGUUGAAGGACCUUUGGCAGCGAUUACAGCCUCAAGUCUUCCUGGGUAUGACGCUACAAGCUUGGCACACCUGUAUUUGGGGAGUUUCUCCCAUUCUUCUCUGCAGAUCCUCUCAAGCUCUGUCAGGUUGGAUAGGGAACGUCGCUGCACAGCUAUUUUCAGGUCUCUCCAGAGAUGUUCGAUCGGGUUCAAGUCCGGGCUUUGGCUUGGCCACUCAAGGACAUUCAGAGACUUGUCCUGAAGCCACUCCUGCGUUGUCUUGGCUGUGUGCUUAGGGUCGCUGUCCUGUUGGAAGGUGAACCUUCGCCCCAGUCUGAGGUCCUGAGCGCUCUGGAGCAGGUUUUCAUCAAGGAUCUCUCUAUACUUUUUUCUGUUAAUCUUUCCUUCAAUCCUGACUAGUCUCCCAGUCCCUGCCGCUGAAAAACAUCCCCACAGCAUGACGCUGCCACCACCAUGCUUCACCGUAGGGAUGGUGCCAGGUUUCCUCCAGAUGUGACGCUUAGCAUUCAGGCCAAAAAGUUCAAUCUUGGUUUCAUCAAACUCCAAGCGGGCUGUCAUGUGCCUUUUACUGAGGAGUGGCUUCCGUCUGGCCACUCUACCAUAAAGGCCUGAUUGGUGGAGUGCUGCAGAGAUGGUUGUCCUUCUGGAAGGUUCUUCCAUCUCCACAGAGGAACUCCGGAGCUCUGUCAGAGUGACCAUUGGGUUCUUGGUCACUUCCCUGACCAAGGCCUUUCUCCCCUGAUUACUCAGUUUGGCCGGGCGGCCAGCUCUAGGAAGAGUCUUGGUGGUUCCAAACUUCUUCCAUUUAAGAAUGAUGGAGACCACUGUGUUCUUGGGGAACAUCAAUGCUGCUGAAAUGUUUUGGUACCGUUCCCCAGAUCUGUGCCUCGACACAAUCCGGUCUUGGAGCUCUACAGACAAUUCCUUCAACCUCAUGGCUUGGUUUUUGCUCUGACAUGCACUGUCAACUGUGGGACUUUAUAUAGACAGGUGUGUGCCUUUCCAAAUCAUGUCCAAUCAAUUGAAUUUACCACAGGUGGACUCCAAUCAAGUUGUAGAAACAUCUCAACGAUGAUCAAUGGAAACAGGAUGCACCUGAGCUCAAUUUCGAGUCUCAUAGCAAAGGGUCUGAAUACUUAUGUAAAUAAGGUAUUUUUGUUUUUUAUUUCUUAUAAGUUUGAAAAAAAAUUCUAAAAACCUAUUUUCGCUUUGUCAUUAUGGGGUAUUGUGUGUAGAUUGAUGAGUAAAACAAGUAAUUUAAUCCAUUUUAGAAUAAGGCUGUAACGUAACAAAAUGUGGACAAAGGGAAGGGGUCUGAAUACUUUCCGAAUGCACUGUAUGUCAAACUGACCUUGGAUCGGUGCUUAGGGGCCACACAUCAUUCUGCACCUAGACACAGGGGAAGGGACUGUGACAUCAUUCAACUAGCCAGAGAACUUAUCAAGAUGGUAGGAUAUCCAUCAUUCAACUAGCCAGAGAAGUUACCAAGAUGGUAGGAUAUACAUCAUUCAACUAGCCAGAGAACCUAUCUAGAUGGUAGGAUAUCCAUCAUUGAACUAGACAGAGAACUUACCAAGAUGGUAGGGUAUACAUCAUUCAACUAGCCAGAGAACUUACCAAGAUGGUAGGAUAUCCAUUAUUCAACUAGCCAGAGAACCUAUCUAGAUGGUAGGAUAUCCAUUAUUCAACUAGCCAGAGAACCUAUCUAGAUGGUAGGAUAUCCAUUAUUCAACUAGCCAGAGAACCUAUCUAGAUGGUAGGAUAUCCAUUAUUCAACUAGCCAGAGAACCUAUCUAGAUGGUAGGAUAUCCAUUAUUCAACUAGCCAGAGAACCUAUCUAGAUGGUAGGAUAUCCAUUAUUCAACUAGCCAGAGAACCUAUCUAGAUGGUAGGAUAUCCAUUAUUCAACUAGCCAGAGAACCUAUCUAGAUGGUAGGUAAAGUGUGUCACUCUGUAGUCCUCUUUACUGAGCCACUGAGACAUCUGCUAAUAGAGUGUGUUACAGGUCAGGCAUGUACCUGAUGCAGAACUGGACGACUGGCUGGAGUUUGUGCCUGACCGGUGAGUGAAGUAUAAGGGGAUCACACUAUACACUUUUCAGAGCCUUUACUUCCUUUGGUUUCAAUGGUGAAGACAUGCUCUGGAAAGAUAGGUGGGCUGUGUGAUUGGCUCCCAAGACACUGACAUUGUUGAAACCCCCCUCCCCCCAGGCCCGUGGUUGACCUGAGGUACCCUGUGAACUGUGAGAAGCUGUGGAGGCUGGGCUGGAAGCCUGCAGUGUCCUGGGCAGAGGGCAUCAGAAGGACAGGUACAGUACAUGAACACAUUACUCUAUGGAUUCCUUAUAUUGACUUUCAUAUAUUUUAGCACAAGGGUUGAAUCUCUAUAGUCUAAAGUGUCCUCCUCUCCUUCGUUUGUGUUUUUCACAGUCAAAUGGUACCAAGAGAAUCCAGACUUCUGGCCAGACGUCAAAGCAGAAGACCAACCGAUUACCUAUGAGCCCGAUACCAUAGACCAAUAAGCACACAGAUCCUCUUCCUGUAUUCGUGGUCGCCAACCCUGCUCCUCGAGAGCUACAGGGUGUGCUGGUUUUUGUUCCAGCCCUGUAUUAACACACCUGGUUCAAUUAAAUCACUGGGGCGGCAGGUAGCUUAGUGGGUAAGAGCGUUGUGCCAGUAACCGAAAGGUCGCUGGUUCUAAUCCCCGAGCCGACUAGGUGAAAAAUCUGUCGAUGUGCCCUUAAGCAAGGCACUUAACCCUAAUUGCUCAUGUAAGUCGCUCUGGAUAAGAGCGUCUGCUAAAUGACUAAAAUGUAAAAUGUCUUAAUUAGGGUUGUUGACCUCAACUCUAGUCCAACCAUCAUCUGUCACUGUGGGUGUGCAAGGGAACACUUGUAUCAUUUUUGUAUUCAUUUAUUUUAAUGAAGAAUCAGGUGGAAUGUAA